CACAGCUCAUCUUCAUCCGCCAAGAUCGGAUCCAUCUUCUUCUCCACCACCACCUUCCAUUUUCCUCCUCUCCCAUUUCAUUCCCAAGAAAAAAAAAUAACCGAAACCCACCAUUAAAAAAAAACCUUUUUUUUGUUUUUUGUUUUUCCAUUCCCUUCCUGCAAAAUCAUUCAAAAUGGGAAACGUGACGUCGAGCGUGGCGGCGAAGUUCGCCUUCUUUCCGCCGGAGCCGGCGACGUACGAGGUGGGGAAAGACGACGCCGGAAAACCAGUUUUCGCCGGAGUGACGUCAGACAAGAACAUGGACGUUCGUAUUGUCGACACGAAAGCCGGGAACAAGGUUGUCGCCACGUUCUGGAAACACCCGUUUGCCCGAUUCACGUUGCUAUAUUCCCAUGGCAAUGCUGCAGAUUUAGGGCAGAUGGUCGAGCUCUUCCUCGAGCUCCGAGCUCAUCUUCGCGUCAAUAUCAUGAGCUACGAUUAUUCUGGUUAUGGAGCUUCUACAGGAAAGCCAUCAGAAAGCAACACGUAUUACGACAUCGAGGCCGUGUACAGUUGCUUGAGAAGCGAGUACAACAUCAAGCAGGAAGAGCUGAUCCUGUACGGACAAUCUGUAGGGAGCGGUCCCACGUUGCAUCUGGCUUCGAGGCUGAAGAGACUGAGAGGGGUCGUUCUUCACAGCGCCAUUCUCUCCGGCAUAAGAGUCCUUUACAACGUCAGAGUGACACUCUGGUUCGACAUUUUCAAAAACAUUGACAAGAUCCGCCAUGUCAGCUGCCCAGUUCUUGUCAUUCAUGGAACAAAGGACGAGAUUGUUGACUUGUCACAUGGGAAACGAUUAUGGGAGCUGGCGAAGGAGAAGUACGAUCCAUUGUGGGUGAAGAACGGAGGCCAUUGUAACCUAGAAACCUAUCCAGAAUACAUCAAGCACUUGCGGAAGUUCAUAAACGCGAUGGAGAAGCUCUCCCUCACGAAUCCACAGCCCAAAGAACUGACAAAUGAGCCAAGCAUUACUGAGAACAAGCACCAUAAGUGCCUAAGAUUCAAGAAGAGAUAGCUGCUUUCAAGCCACUGUUAGAUUCCCGCCAUGAAUACCCGUUUUGGAGUUAACACAGACAGAGGAUCAUGCUUGUGGGCUUUUAGGACAGCUAGCUUUGAACUGGAUGGUGAUCUCUUUGUAUAAAAGAUGUAAUGUAGUGUUAUGGCUUCUGGGGAAGUUUUGUAAACUCAUCAUUACUUGUAGGAGAAGCAACAUAGAAAGAACUUCAA